AUGGCGACGUGGGCGGGUGCAUCGACCGACGUGGCCUACCAAGACCUACCUGUUAGUCCCGGCGAUGGAGAAGAGCACCAACCAUUCAUCACGGGCGAGAAGCUCGACUGGAACAGUAACCGCAACUCCACGCGUUCCAAGCUAUGCUCGGCCCUCAUCAUAGUAUCUAUCGUUGUGACGCUCGGCGCGCUCUCGUCGGUGCUCGUUAUCGCGCAGCGGCGACAGGCAGGCUCGCUCGUGCCCAUCUGGCCCACGUACCAGGGCGGGUCGCGCGUGGUCGAGCACUGCGGCAACUCGCCCGAGGAGGCGCAGGCGCUGGGCUGCGUGUGGGACUUGAUGAGCUUUGGGUGGAUCCACCCGCGGUGCUACAACCCGGACGAGUCGCGGCAGUGGAUGGAGAAGCAUGGGCCCUGGAAGUGGUACUACGAUCUCAACGCCACCCAGCAGAUUCCCGAUGACGCCCUCACCAGCACCCCCCGUGUCUACACCGAGCAGGGCUACCACGUCGUGCACUGUCUGUACAUCUUCAAGCUGCUCCACCUCGCCGGAAUGUCCCGCCAUCUGGUCACCGACGAAGCCAUCCCUCUCGCACACACACAGCACUGUGUCGACAUGAUCUCAGCCCCCAAGUACUCGGAUUUCAAGCACAUCAAUACCAGGCCGGGUGGGCAACUGAAUUUCAACGAGAAAUUACUACGAGAACAAGCCAAGAUGAUUCUGCAAUUUGUUGCGGCCGUCGUCGCAUACCUCAUAUUCCUCCACCCAUUUGUCAGCUACUUUGUUGACAGGAAGAACCUCCGGCAAUUCCCCUCGCCAUCAUUCGCGGGGGUUUCUUCACUUUGGCGAAUCUCACACAACCUGCAUCUCAGCCACUACCAGGCCAUUGAUAGAGCGCACAGAGACCUGGGAACGCAUGUACGCAUCGCACCAAAUCACAUCUCAAUCUCGGAUCCUGCUGCUAUGCAGCAAAUUUACGGCCAUGGCGCGAAUUUCCUCAAGGAUGGCUGGUACGACGGAGGUGCUGGCGAAUUCAGGAACAUCUCUGACGCCAGGGACAAGGCUCAACACCAGGAGAGGCGCAAGAUGCUAGCCCAUGUCUUUGCGCAGAAGACAAUCGUGCAGCUGGAGCCCAUUGUUGGCGAGACAGUAGCAACGCUCGCGAAGCAGGUCGACAUGCACGCCGUAGAAGGGCGGGACAUCAACAUCCGGCGCUACCUCAACUACUUUACCAUCGACUUCUUCUCCAGGCUCGUGUGGGGAUGGACUCAGGGUUGUCUUGAGCGCGGCAAUGAUGUCGUGUGUGCAGAGACGACAGAUGGGAAAUUGUACACGGUCGAUUUCAUCAAGGCCCUGCACGAUGCAACCAUCAUCAACACCCUCCUGAGCUUCGAGGCUCCGCUGCUCAAGAUUACGAAAAAGUUGGCUGCCUACCACCCGUACACGAAAUCGGGCGACGACUGGGGCAACAUGAUCUACCACAACACGAAGAAGCGAUUGCAAGAAGGUGACGCAGGUGACGAUAUUUUCUCGAAGCUCCUUACGAACAGCAAAGGCGAAUCGAACAACCUUCCGCUGGGAGCCAUCCUGUCCGAGUGCGCCGUCAUGAUGAACGGUGGCACUGAUACGACAACGGCAGCAAUGACCAACACCAUUUACCUACUCUACAAGCAUCCCGAUGUGUUGGCCAAGCUGCGCGAAGAGCUUGACCCGGCUUUUGGCCCGGAAGAACUUCCUCGCUACGAAGCAGUGUCGCGGCUUCCAUUCCUGCGGGCAUGCAUUGAGGAAUCACUGCGCCUCCGACCCGCAAGUACCUUUGGUCUGCCUCGUCUGGUACCAAGCGGUGGGCGUGAUAUUGCAGGACGCUUCAUCGCCGAAGGAGUCACUGUUUCUGUUCCAACGUACACGCUGCUGCACAACGAAGACAUUUUCGAGCACCCAUACAAAUUCUGGCCGCAGCGGUGGAUUGAUGGAGACCAGGAACGAAUGAGCAAGGGGCACUUUCCUUUCAGCACCGGCCCACGGGCUUGCAUCGGGCGAAACAUUGCCUACUUUGAGCAGACACUGGUCAUUUCAACCUUGGUUCGGCGUUUUGAUUUUGAGUUUCUUGCCCCAGACUUCGAGCUGCGGACGCUGGAGCGCUUCAACUCAAAUCCCGACGAACUUGUCAUGAGAUGCAAGAAGCGGAUCGGAGCUUGA